AUGGUUAAGGAAACCAAGCUCUACGACACCCUCGGCGUCGCGCCGACGGCGACUGAGCAGGAACUGAAGAAGGCGUACAAGACAAAUGCUCUCAAGUACCAUCCUGACAAGAACGCCCACAACCCCGAGGCGGAAGAAAAGUUCAAGGAGAUUUCCCAUGCUUACGAAAUCCUUUCCGAUUCCCAGAAGCGUACAGUCUACGACCAAUAUGGCGAGGCUGGCCUUGAGGGUGGCGCUGGCGGCGGCGGAGGCAUGGCUGCCGAGGAUUUGUUCGCUCAGUUCUUCGGCUCCGGCAGCUUCGGCGGCGGCCUCGGUGGAAUGUUCGGUGGCGGCAUGCCCAACCGCGGCCCCCCCAAAGCCCGCACGAUUCACCACACCCAUAAGGUCUCCCUUGAGGACGUCUACCGCGGAAAGAUCUCCAAACUGGCUCUCCAGCGCUCUAUCAUCUGCCCCAAGUGUGAGGGUCGCGGUGGAAAAGAAGGCGCCGUCAAGCGUUGUGGCGGUUGCGACGGCCAUGGUAUGAAGACCAUGAUGAGACAGAUGGGCCCCAUGAUUCAAAGAUUCCAGACAGUCUGCCCCGACUGUAACGGAGAGGGGGAGACGAUCAAGGACAAGGACCGUUGCAAGCAGUGCAAUGGUAAGAAGACCAUUGUCGACCGCAAGGUUCUCCACGUUCACGUCGACCGUGGUGUCAGAAGCGGCACCAAGGUUGAGUUCCGCGGCGAGGGUGACCAGGCCCCUGGCAUCCAGGCCGGUGACGUCGUUUUCGAGAUCGAGCAGAAGCCCCACCCCCGCUUCACCCGCAAGGAGGACGACCUUCUUUACCAGUGUGAGAUCGAGCUGGUGACUGCUCUGGCUGGUGGAACCAUCUUCAUUGAGCACCUUGACGAAAGGUGGCUCAGCAUCGAGAUUCUUCCCGGUGAAGCUAUCGCACCUGACGCCGUCAAGAUGGUUCGUGGCCAGGGUAUGCCCUCUCCCAGACACCACGACUUCGGAAACCUUUACAUCCAGUUCAACGUCAAGUUCCCUGAGAAGGGUUGGACAGAGGAUCCUGCCGCCUUUGAGGCUCUCCAGAAGCUACUCCCGGCCCCCUCGCUCCAGACCGUGCCUCCCCCUGAGGCUAUGACUGAACCUGCCGAUCUCGAGGACCUGGACAACACCUCCCAGGCUAAGGUCUUUGGUGGUGCCGGCGGUUCCAUGGACGAGGAUGAUGAGGACGGCCACCCCGGUGCCGAGCGCGUGCAGUGCGCCUCCCAGUAA